UACACCCUACCAUCAAUCUUCACAUAUUCUCUCUUUUCUCUCUCUAAAAAAAGUCAGCGCCUUUGUCUUUUCUCUCUCUACACUCUCUCUCCAAAGCUUCACAUUUCAAUGGACUACGAUUGGGAUCUCCACGCCGUCGUCAGAAGCUGCAAUAACGCCGCCACCACCACCACCACAACCGCCGCCGUCUCCACCACCACAACCUCCGGCGCCGCCACCUCGAACGCCGCCGUCGCCACCUCUUGCAUACUAAAUUUCCAAAACCAGUUUCAUCUCAAUCAAGACAACAACUUUCUAUUCCUCCCAACAGAUCCAUUAAUCGAACCAACAAAAACCCAAACAAAUCUCCAAGAAUUAGAUGAUCUCUUCAAACCCUUCUUCCCCAAAUCUCAACCUUUAUUCCCUCCUCAAGAUCUCUCAUCUUCAACUCCAAAAACAGAACCAAAACAGGGUAUCAUUCCAAUUCCAAUUACUAUUUCUUCAUCUCAUCAUAACCCAUCUGCUCCAAGGUCCAAAAGAAGGAAACAUCAACAAAAGAGAGUCUGUCAAGUUCCAGCUGAAGGUUUAUCAUCUGACAUGUGGUCAUGGAGAAAAUAUGGGCAAAAACCCAUUAAAGGAUCACCAUAUCCAAGGGGAUAUUAUAGAUGUAGUACAUCAAAAGGUUGUAUGGCAAGAAAACAAGUAGAAAGAAAUAGAUCCGACCCAUCAAUGUUUAUAGUUACAUACACUGGUGAACAUAAUCAUGCUAUGCCAACUCACCGGAAUUCUCUCGCCGGAAGUACUCGUCAGAAACCUGUCUCAUCGGAGGUAGCGUUAGUCGAUGUAGAUUCCGGUAACAAACAGUUAUCUUGUUCAUCACCUGUUUCGUCGGCGAGUCUUUCUCCGGCGACUGAGAAAGUAUUGGAUGAUCAAGAUGAUGAUAUUGACUUUGGUCUUGAUGAUUUCUUUGAGGGUUUGGAAGAGAUUAAUGGUAUUCCGGUGACCGGAGAUUUGUUUUCCGAUGAUUUACCGGCUAAAGGGUUUUCAUGGCAGACAAAUAAUGUAACAACGACAGCCGCCGGCAGUUGAUUGAUCAUAGGAUGGCCGUGAAUUAUAUGCUUUUUUGAUCAUGUUCCAUUUUUAUGCACAUCUUUGUCACACUAUUCACUAUUAGUGAAAAAGAAUCUUUUUUUUUUCUUUUUUUUUUUUCAAUUAUAAUGUUUUUAUUUAUGUAUAAUUCUCAAUUCCAUUAUAGAAGAGUAUUGUAGAUGAAAAAAGGGUUAAUUUAUAUUCCUUUGUUUCUAGAUGGAUAUUGCAUAAUCAUUAUUACUAUUUCUAUUUU